GGGCUGCCGGCUUUCCCGGCCGUGGAUUGGCCCGCCGCAGGACCCGUCGGUCGCGGUUGUGUCUGGGAAGGAGAGAAAAUGGCGACGGAGCCGAGCAAGACCGAAAUCCAGACACUUUUUAAGAGGCUUCGCGCUAUUCCAACCAACAAAGCCUGUUUCGACUGCGGCGCUAAGAAUCCGAGUUGGGCCAGCAUCACGUAUGGUGUUUUCUUGUGCAUUGACUGUUCCGGGGUGCACCGCUCCCUUGGCGUCCAUCUCAGCUUUAUCAGGUCCACAGAGUUGGAUUCCAACUGGAACUGGUUCCAGCUGAGGUGUAUGCAGGUCGGCGGGAAUGCCAAUGCGACGGCUUUUUUCCGCCAACACGGAUGCACAGCCAACGAUGCCAACACCAAAUAUAAUAGCCGAGCUGCCCAGAUGUACCGGGAGAAGAUUCGGCAGCUGGGGAGUGCAGCCCUGGCGAGGCAUGGCACUGAUCUUUGGAUAGACAAUAUGAGUAGUGCUCUUAGUCACUCCCCAGAGAAGAAGGACUCUGAUUUCUUCACAGAACACACUCAACCUCCUGCCUGGGAUGCUCCAGCCACUGAGCCUUCAGGGACCCAGCAGCCAGCCCUGUCUGCAGAGAACAGUAGCCUGGGACAGCCAGAGCACGGCCCCAACACAGACUUGCUUGGCAUCUCGCCCAAAGCCUCUCUGGAGUCCAUGUAUCUAUCAUCUGAAGGGGCCCUCCCUGCCAGAGAACUGAAAAGCUCCAUCAUUGGCAAGAAGAAGCCAGCAGCAGCUAAGAAAGGGCUGGGUGCCAAGAAAGGCCUAGGGGCCCAGAAGGUGAGCAGCCAGAGCUUCAGUGAGAUUGAACGGCAGGCCCAGGUGGCAGAGAAGCUCCGUGAGCAGCAAGCAUCUGAUGCCAAGAAGCAGGCUGAGGAGUCCAUGGUUGCCUCCAUGCGUCUGGCCUACCAGGAGCUCCAGAUUGAUCGUAAGAAAGAGGAAAAGAAGCUACAGAAUUUGGAAGGGAAGAAGCGAGAGCAGGCAGAGAGGUUGGGCAUGGGCUUGGUAUCCCGAAGCUCUGUCUCCCACUCGGUGCUGUCUGAGAUGCAGGUGAUUGAGCAGGAAACCCCAGUGAGUGCAAAAUCUUCUCGCUCACAGCUGGACUUGUUUGACGAUGUUGGUACUUUCGCCUCUGGACCCCCAAAGUACAAGGACAACCCCUUUUCCUUGGGGGAAAGUUUUGGUUCCCGCUGGGAUACAGAUGGUGCCUGGGGUAUGGACAGGGUAGAGGAGAAGGAGCCAGAAGUGACAAUCUCAAGCAUCCGGCCUAUUUCAGAAAGAGCCACAAACCGGAGGGAAGCGGAGAGCCGGAGCUCAGGCCUCGAGUCCAGUGAAGCACGUCUGAAAUUUGCAGGAGCCAAAGCCAUCUCAUCUGACAUGUUCUUUGGGCGGGAAGUGGAUGCUGAGUAUGAAGCCAGGUCUCGGCUACAGCAGCUCUCAGGCAGCAGUGCCAUCAGCUCUUCAGACCUCUUUGGAGACAUGGAUGGAGCUCACGGAGCAGGAAGCGUAUCUCUGGGGAAUGUGCUCCCUACAGCUGACAUUGCUCAGUUUAAGCAGGGUGUCAAGUCUGUGGCUGGGAAAAUGGCUGUACUGGCCAAUGGUGUGAUGAAUUCUUUGCAGGAUCGCUACGGCUCCUACUGAUCCAAGCUCCAUGGCUGAGGCAUAUGGUGGGGACAGCAGCAAGAGCCCCAUGAUUCCUAGGCCAGGCAUGCUUGCCUUAUGGCAGCCAGGGAGGAUUUGUUACUUUAUACAUGUGAUGUGUGAGUGGGUGGCCUUUGAGGAUCUCGGGUGAGGGGAGCGGCAAGUAUCAGCCUUUGUCCUCUGCCUGUGGACUGAGCCCUUUAUUCUCUUCGCCCCCCACCCCGUUCUCUGUGUGCUAGACUAUUGUCCUUCUAAGCCUGCCCCCAAAGCUGCUGCUCACUUGUCCUGCCACACUAGGCGUAAAGGGAGGAAGUUCCCUCAGAAUGGCUUAUUCUGGGUCUAACCCUUCCCCAAGUGGGGAAAGUGAAAAGUGUAAGGCUUCUUUUUCUGGCUCUAGAAUCUGUCUGGGGUCUGGGCCUUAGUCCUCUAGAACCAGGAGGAGGCCUAGAAAGGGUUCUGCUGUAACCAGCUGCCAGGGGAGAGACUGUGGACUUGCUGCUGCCGUUGCUGCUGCCACUGGCCUUUCCUGGGUGCCAGGAGAAGGCGAGGGAGGGGAAGGACCUUCAUCUGGGCCUUACUAAGGGCUAGAAACUUUCUUGGUACCUAAAGGUUUCAUUUGAGAUCAGAUUGGAGGCCCAAGUGAUGUCUCACCACCCAUUUUUACAGUAAUCACUUGGAGGAUUACUUCUCCUAGGUGUCUCAGAGUCCUUCCAUACCAUCUACUGUGGACCACAGGACCCUCUGUCUUCUCCUGAGAUUCUCUGUCCCUUCUUCCCAUGAUUGGUAGCUAUGGUGGAUCCCUGUGUCCUGACUUUGGAUGCCCUGAGUGUAACACUGGCCAAGGAAACAGGACCUGAGGGACAGAAGCAGGUUCUGGGGUUCAGCUUUCUUCUGCAUCAUCUUGGUCUUAGGGGGGCCUGGACAACACCCCACCAGUGAGAGCUUGAGGGGCUUACAGAGCUGCAGGCCUCAUCCUCUGGUAGCUGGGCCAUGCACUGUGUCAUUCUUGGUGCCAUCUUCCCCUGCCAUGCUGGCAGUCUGGGCCCAACCCCCACCUUCAGGUUGUAGGUUGGGCUCCCAAGCAACACAGACCACUCUUUUCCCCAUCCCUCCCCCAGAGGGACAUGACUCUCUUUCUGGACUGUUUGUAUUGAAACAAAGUGGUGUCAAAAUAAAGCCCCCACAGGGCCCUGAGGCCCUGUUGUUCUGAGUGGA